GUGGCUCGUGUCGGGCUCACGCUGCCGCUACAAGCGACCGCGCGCUGGCUCUGCUAGCAAGCGAGGAAGAUGGCAGACAGAAAUGGCGGUGACGGCCAGGCGAGCGGCGUGAAGUGCUGAUGCAGUACACGGAGCGAAACUCACGACUGGCAGGACACCGUUGGAAAAAUGACAAUGGCGUCGAAGUAGGACACGUUUCGUGACUGUCACCGCAAACCCACGACACCUUCCCGGGGGAGUUUUCGUCUUGUCAGCGGAGGAGAGGGAACCUCACCGGGAGCAUGGCUUCUCACAGUAACCAGUACAUCUUCGGGGAGUUCAGCCCUGACGAGAUCAAUCAGUUUUUUGUGACACCACGAUGUUAUGUUGAGCUUCCUCCGUUCAAUGACAAAAUCCAGUGCGUCAGUCAGACUUCUGGAAGUUACUGCACUCCUGCUGUACCUUAUAUUAUGGAGUCUAUGGGACUGCAGGUUUGCGCAGAAGACUAUCAGCGCAUUGAGUUUGGCGUUGAUGAGGUGAUGGAUUCCAAGCCUAUUGGGGUGAACGAUCCUUUAUUCAAGGUUUCGAGCACCCUCAAUCCCCAGGCUCCAGAGUUCAUCCUGGGCUGCCAGUCGGCCCAGAAAGCCCAACAGACAGCUUCUCCGGAAGCAGACCUCCCAGAUGAAACCGACUUCAACUCGUUGGAUGGCCCUGACUCUGAGGUCUCGGCCAUGGACAAUCAGGCCUGCCAGGACAUGGACCCUGGCAGCCUGGGACAGCGAGAGAAGAAGAAAAAGAAAAAGCGACCGCCGGGGUACUACAACUACCUGGACCCAUCAACUGGCCACAGCAGCAAUACAGUAGAUGGGACGCCUAUGACAGCACUGGUAAACGGACAUGCACUCGGUGGCCCACACCACAGUGCUGAGGAUGAGGACGGUAAGGCAUUGUUGGGGGCUGAACUUUCCACCCCUGGACCUGUCUCCACGGCAACAACAGCUGCUGUGGCUGCAGCCAAGUUUUCCCCCUCAUCCACUGCCAAUCAGAGGACUUGUGAUAGCCCUGAUGACUCUUCUUUGGACUUAACAAGUGGAGCUGCCUCUUUAUCAGAUGGCAACAAUGCAACUUCCUCCUGUUCAUCCUCCUCUCAAAGCAGAGGGAUGACAGAAGGACCGAGGACUGCAGAUCAGCAGCCAGAUCAUUUGGCUCCAGAGAGCCCUGAACUUUCAGAUACUCCACACAGCCCCUGCUCCAAAUCACCUCUUCCUGCUUCAACUGCUGUGGCCACCCCCUCUGUCGCCACUUCCAUUACGACUACUGAACUGGAGGAAAGCGAGGUAGCAGAUAGUGGGGUGGCCAAUGGGCUAGCGGAAAGUGAAACUCCCAUCACUGCAGAUGGACAUAAAGAAGACUCUGAGAGUGUGGAGCAGACUCUGCAGAUCUCCCCAGACUCUGCUGCACAGCCGGUAGUGACAGACCAGGCCCAGUCGCCUGUGAUUCCAGCUGCACCCACUGCCAACCUCCCCAAGUCCUGGGCUAGCCUCUUCCACAACUCUAAGCCUCUGCCUGGUGGCCCUCAGGCCUUUGUGGAGGUAAAGAAUGUUGUGGAAGUUGUGUCUCCCACCCUCGCUACACCAGAGGAGCCCGAGAAAGUUGGGGACAUCAAAGAUGGCCCGGUCCAUGUAUCAGAGGAUCCCAUGGCCCCUAAACUUGCAGAACUUAUUGAGAAUGUGAAGUUGAUACAUAAACCAGUGUCUUUGCAGCCGAGAGGACUGAUCAACAAGGGCAACUGGUGCUAUAUCAAUGCUACCCUACAGGCCCUGAUAGCAUGUCCCCCCAUGUAUCACCUGAUGAAGUCUAUUCCUCUGCACACUGAAACGCAGAGACCCUGUACCUCCACUCCCAUGAUGGACAACUUUGUAAGGCUGGUGAAUGAGUUCAACAACAUGCCUGUGCCAUCUAAAGCCAAACAGCAAGCCGUUGGUGAUAAGAUCAUGAAAGACGUCCGGCCUGGUGCAGCGUUUGAGCCCACUUACAUUUACAGACUCCUCACACUCAUCAAGUCCAGUCUCUCUGAGAAGGGCCGACAAGAAGAUGCAGAGGAGUAUCUUGGCUUCACUCUCAACGGAUUACACGAGGAGAUGCUGGCAUUGAAAAAGCUAAUAUCGCCUCAGGAAGAGAAAGCUUCAACACCCAACGGGCCUGAGUCGCAGGCAGCUGUGGAGGAAGAUGUUGCUGAAAAGGAGGAAGAAGGAAGCGAGGAUGAGUGGGAGCAAGUUGGUCCCAGAAACAAGACGUCCAUCACUCGCCAAGCUGACUUUGUCCGCACACCCAUCACUGAUAUCUUCGGUGGUCACAUCAGAUCUGUGGUCUAUCAACAGAACUCUAAAGAGUCGGCCACUCUGCAGCCUUUCUUUACCCUGCAGCUGGACAUCCAGUCAGAGAAGAUCCGCACUGUCCAGGAGGCUCUAGAAACCUUGGUGGCAAGGGAGUCGGUCCAGGGCUACACUACUAAAACCAAGCAGGAGAUUGAGAUCAGCCGAAGGGUGACCCUGGAAGAACUGCCCCCUGUGCUGGUUCUCCAUCUGAAAAGAUUCGUUUUUGAAAAGACUGGAGGCUGCCAGAAACUCAUCAAGAACAUUGAUUACCCCGUUGACCUGGAAAUCAGCAAAGAUCUCUUGUCCUCUGGAGUCCGGAGCAAAGUUGUGAAAGGCCAAAGAACUUACCGGCUCUUUGCAGUUGUCUAUCACCAUGGGAACAGUGCGACAGGCGGUCAUUACACCACGGAUGUCUUCCACAUUGGUCUUAACGGCUGGCUGCGCAUUGACGACCAGGCGGUGAAGGUCAUCAGCCAGUACCAGGUGGUGAAGCAGACUUCUGAGCGCACCGCCUACCUGCUGUACUACCGCCGCGUCGACCUGCUGUAGACAUGCACACACAUACCCCCGACACACACACACGCAAGAAUACCCCAAUGUAUUGACAAACACACACACACACACACACAUGCAUACAAGCUCAAAAUGCACUCGUUGACAGUACAGUACAUCUACACAUGGACACGCACACCAAACCGAUGAACAGGAACACUGCCCAACUUGUUCUCUUGCAAGAUUUUCCUCCUCUUCCCUCCUGUUCCCUGCUUUCCUGAGAACCAGCUUUUCCAACACCCUUUUCCUCGUCUCCUUUUUCUUUUCGGAAGAAGAGAAACAAGCUGCAUUCACAAAGAUUUCCCUGUGACUGCUCUCUCUUCUCUGUGCACCACUGCUGUUUUUUCUUCUUCUUUUUUUUUUUUCUUUUCCUUUUUUGUUUUACUUCUAAAGCAGCAACGAAGGACUGUUGAAUAGACAGGCGGGGCUGAGGUCACAGGUGAUGAGCCGAGACUCACCUGACUGAGCCCACAGCCUGGCUCAGAUGGCAAACAGUGGACUCACUCACACAGGAAGAACUAUCUACCAAGUGGACUGCUGGGGUAAUUUCUCUUGUUUGAAAUACCUUCUUUUUUUUCUUUUUUUUUUUAAGGAAAUGACCUAGAAACAUCAGUGUUUGCCUUUUAGUAAAGGAGAACUGUUGGCCUAAAGAAUUUGCCUGUUUUGCCCUCAUGCAUUGAAAAGGCCCGGCACCAGCAUUAUCACGCGUCUCUUUCCAAGGCCAGAUUGUCGUCUUCGCUGCCACCAACACCAACAAGUCCUCCAUUUCCUCACUUUUACGAUGCUUUUAAAUCCAGGUACUCGAGCCAUCAGAAACAGGAAAGAAAAAGACGAGUGGUACACAAAAUGUGUGAUGAAAAGCUUCCUUGUUUGAGAGACCCUUGUUAUGGUAUCUGGGUUUAGGUUUAGAAAGACUUACCUAAAAAAAAAAUAUUAAUGCGCUUUAGAAUUUAAUAACAAAUAAGCUUCUGUGCACAAAGUAUAAACUGAUUGAUGAUUAUGAUAUGACAGGCAAAUGCAUAUUUUGCAAAUAUUUAGACUAAAAUGUUGAAAAAAAAACUAAAAAUAUAAAAUCUAGCUGACUGAAAACUUGUUUGGGUCCUAAACGACUGCACUAGUUUUUAGAAUCAGUUCCUGCACUGGAGAGAUGGCAAGCAAUCAAGACAGAUUCCUCUGCAAAACCCGCCCUUGUUUACUUUGUACAUUUCUUUCUUUAUCCACUCGUUUUUUCUUUUGUCUCGUCUAAAGGUUCCACCUGUGUAAAGGUGGCUUAUCAGUGUAGUUCUGAGCCACAUCUCCCCUCUGAUCCCCAACUCAGCAGAAAGUGGGGGGCUGCCUUCGGUUCAACGUGUGAUAUUUUUUCUUUUUUUUCUUUUUAUUCCACUUAGUGUACGAGAAAUCAGAAUCAAAAUCAGGCAGCAACAGCAAAUCUAGCCUCUUUGACGAGUUCGGGGAAUGUACCCCACACCUCCUGUAUUUGACUCUUUUGUGGCUCAGCGUUUCCUCCCAAUUGAGGGAAACUGAGCGUUGAGGGGAAACGGGACUACACCUGUGCCGCGCUCUGCAUAAAGACCCCGGACAUGCGCACAAAAGGAAAUAGUGUUUGCUUUUGUUGAAGAUAAUGAUUUUAGGAUCUUUCAUUGAUAACAAUGAUUUUUAUUUUGUUUGAGUUACUAAAAGUUGUCAUAUUUUCAUUUUUUUUGUCAUUGAUCAUUUAUUGGAUGUCCCCUUGCUCUCGCUCCCUACAGAAAAAUAUGCUUGCAUUUGAAUUGGUGUUUGAAAAGAAAUUACACAGGCUAAAGCACAACAAUGAAUAAAAUUGAUAGUUCUUUGCUUGAUAUUUAUUUCCAUUUUGUCAUUUUCUCUUCAUAUUUUUCUUUUAUUAGUUUUUGUUGUAGACCCAUUUCAUUCUAACCACCAGUGCCACAAUCUCAGUAUUAACACUUGGCAAAAAUGUCAGCUCCAAUAUUUCUUCAUGAUUUACACUUGUGUUCUUUGACUUAUCUAAAAACAAUUCCUCAACGUUUACAGACGUCAUUUUCACACACGUACAUCUGUCCAUCAGGGCACACAGGUGAGGACGUGGUUAUGCUACAUGUAAAGGCUUCAGAUCCCGGCGUAUAAUGUGCAAACGUUUUCCUGUAUUCAAGAGCAGCACAUGCAUUUAAGUUUAUUUAAAAUGUCCCUUGUUUGGUAAUUGAUAGACUGAAAAGUUCAAUCUUUGCUUUUAAAAUGAAUUUAAGAAAAAUGAAUUUCAAAGUUACACAGAUUUUAACCAUGUGUGAUGUAACAUUGAGAUGCAUAUUGACUCUGUGGUUUAAAAAAAAAUACCUGUUUCCAGCUAAACCGAAGGAAAACUGAACGCCUUCCGUCGUUCCACAUUCAAACGUUUCUUUUGCCUUCUCCAUCCGACGUCGUUUUGCCAUAUCACCGUCGUCACAGAACACAGUUCAUUUCAUACAGGAAACGGCACGCUGCUUAGACAGCCCAUACAUCGUAGAACUUAACAUGACAAUUCAGUUGUGCUGUUGGCUUUGUGGUCAUUUCUGCACAAAUUGCAAAAUUGUUAAUUUGCAUCUUUUCUCCCCUCCCCCUUUUUUUUUUUUUAAAAAGAAUGUGUGGAAGCUGAGAUUUAGAAAUGGACACCAUGAGCUUUCUGUUGUACAGUUAAAAUCCCAGCCCCUCUCUCGCGGCUGGUCAGGAAAUGUGCUGGUGAAACGCUUCAACAAAUGUCUCCUUUCAGUAUGUGCUCCUAACACUAUAUUGUCUGCUGGGAAAUUGUUGGUAUAUUGACCUAAAAACAAUCUCUUCUGUCUUUAAUUUUAAGCCUCCAGCAUUCUAUUUUGUUUAUUGUUCAAAUAAAGGAUUGUGCAAAAAGCAGUUUGCUAAUGACGUGCA